UUGUGAAGCGCGAACUCGGAGUGCCUGAGUAAAACAGUGCUCGUUUUCUGAAGCUCUUCUUUUUAAAUCGCGAACACAAUGAGUCUAAUCAAGAGUCUUUCCCAAUUUGGUGCAUUUCAUGAAAUGCUCCAGGAGCAUCAAGCCAGCGCUGUGAAGAAAGGCCCUGUCGUAGCGAACCACCUGCUAAAGAUGUUGGACACUUAUUGGAUACUUGGUUUACCUUAUGAUGACCAAUUGCAUCAAAGCAUGCUUGUUUUAUGCAAUCAGAGCAUCGCGUUCGCUCCAAUGAACUCUGUGCCGCUUGCGAGAGCAUACGAAGUUCGUUCGAUGUUGUUGUCUCGUCUGAACUUCGAUCAGAACAAGGAAUCCAAGGGGGUCAAACUUAACUUCCGCAGUGAUGGGUUCCAAGGAUUCACGCCUUCAGAAACUAUCCCAUGUGUUGCUGAAUGCGUAAGCAUUCACAGCAGUUUAAGAUUUGGUAGACAGUUAGUUGCCAACAGGGAUAUCAAGGCUGAAGAAAUCGUUAUGGUGGAAGAUGGGUUUGCUAUGCUCCCAAAAAAGGAGUAUACGUACCUGCUCUGCUCUCAGUGCUUAUGUAUUGCCUGGAAUGCAGUUCCAUGUAGUGCUUGCCCAUUGGUAAUAUACUGCAGCGAGCACUGCAGGGCAAGCGCGUGGGAAAACCAUCAUCAGGUGGAGUGUAAACUUCUACCAUCAAUUUACGUUAAAAGUGAUAGUAGUAACUGGAACAUGUCGAUUAGCAUAACAGCUCUCCGGUGUUUCCUCAGCUCGAUCAAGGUAGAAGGACUUGAGAAUGUGUUGAGAGAAGCUCAAGCUAUUGAUAACGAAAAAGAUGUGUGUUUAGAAAGUCUGAUAUCUGAGCAAUGUGUAGGUGUAAACAAUUUUAAAUCUUUGUAUCGCUUGGCAACUGAUAAAGAAAUCUUAAAUAUUGAUAGAAUCAACAAGUCUUCUGAAUUUUUGGUGGAUACGCUAUUGCAGUUCUCGAAUGUGUUGCACAAUUGCACAGAGUUGGAUGCGGUCAGGAAGAUCCUUGCAAAAUUGUCCCUAAUUGUUAAGGUUAAUCACCUCAAGUAUCAAGGAUCCAUUUGUGAUGAUUAUAACCAUGAUUGUUGCAGCUUGAAUUGUGAUUCAAUCAUGGGAUAUUUUAUUUCCACGUGCUCGAGCCUUGUAAAUCACAGUUGCACUCCAAAUCUUGGAAAAGUUUUUAUACCCGAGCGCAAAAUUGUAAUGUUUGCUGCACGCUCUAUAAAAAAAGGAGAACAGCUAUGCAUUACAUAUGGACCAACUUUAGCGCGCAUUCUGAAUCCAGAAAGAAAUGCGUUGUUGUACAGAGACUACAAUGUUAUUUGUCUUUGUCAAGCCUGUACACAAGACUGGCACCCCUGUGAUUGUUUGGGCCAAAAAUCGGAAAAUAAGAAGGACUUUAUGUAUGAGUCGUUUCAAACAUUAAACGACAAAAGAUUUGCGCUGGAGAAAAAGUUAUUCCAGCAGUAUGGUGAGAAGUAUGAGAUUCCAGAUAACUGCAGUGAAUAAAACAGCUGUCACAGUUUUUCUCAACAAUUAUCUGUGGCUGAUAGAUGAACAUCGAAAUAGAUUUGUGGGACCGAUAACGCGACACAAGACCAUUUUAAAUAAGUUUUCAUAUGCUGGUGGCUUCUCUGAGAAUCGAUUUCAUUUAUUUACUAAAUAAAAAAAAUACAA